AUGGACCAACUGACUAUUCACAAUAAGAUACUUGAGAACCAAAUUACUCAGCAAGCUAGUUCAUCAAGUAAAGCCAUUAGUAAGCUGCCAAGUCAAUUAGGAAUGAACCCUAAAGAGCAUUGUAAUGCAGUUGCUUUAAGGAGUGGCGCUAAAUCUCAGAUUCUUUCCAGUUCUGAGAUUUCCUCUUUGCAUGAAACAUUCACACGGGUCCUUCGUACAGAGAGUACCCAAUCUUCACAGCCUGCCAGUAGUGCUCUUAUUAGCCGUAAUCCAAAUGGACAACAGGGUAAUAGAAGAGGAAGUAGAGGAGGAAUUACAGGCAACAGAAGUAAUCAGCGUAAUGGAGAGGCUAGUUCUAAUCAGGACUCAAGAGGAGUCAUUUGUUAUUAUUGUCAUGAGCCUGGCCAUACAAAAUAUAAUUGUCCGCAACUUCAGAGGAAAAAUCAGCGAUCACAGAUGGCAAAUAUGGCAGCAGAGGAUUCUACAGUAUCUUCCUCUGAGAAAACUGUUUUGGUAUCUGCAGAGGAUUUUGCACAGUUUUCCCAGUAUCAGGCAUCUCUAAAGCCUACCAGUUCCCCUAUCACUGCGAUCGCUGAGUCAGGUAAAUCCACUACAUGCCUUGUGUCUUCCUCAUCCAAAUGGGUUAUUGAUUCUGGUGCAACAGAUCACAUGACAGGAUCUUACGACGAAGCAGAUUAUUGGUAGAGGACGUGAGUCAGGUGGUCUCUACAUUCUGGAAAAUCAUGUACCGCAGUCGCUUGUUUGCUCCAGUACCGUAACACCUCUUGAAGCUCAUUGUAGAUUGGGUCAUCCUUCUUUGUCU